GUCUUUUAAUUAUAGUUGUAGACAGUCUCCAGUCUCUACUGUGACUCUGUGAUCUACCCCCCGAGUUUCGCUCUUGACAACGAGCGAGACUUCGACUGUUAAUGGAUCUCUGAAAUCCCUCUUAAUAGCUUCUUCUUUCGAAUUUCAACCCUAGACAAGGAAAGAUGGCGAACGCAGCGCUUCGGAGCUCUCGAGCAAUCUCAGAGAGAAACAAUGGAGGAGCCGCUCAAAGCUUACUCUUCCCUAACAGGCUCUUCCUCUUUGCCAUUGCCGUCUCAGUAUUUCUCUUCGUUAUUGCCUUUACUUUCUUAUCCUCAACCUCUGAUUCAAGAGCAGAGACUGAUCUGGGCGUCGUGGCUUCUGGUUUUAAUGGCGGCCUAUUUGCUCGGCGAUCCGUCCUUGCUGUCAAAUCCGAUCCACUGAAACCACGCGUGGAUCAGAUUCGGAAGCAGGCCGACGACCACAGAACUCUCGCCCUUGCUUACGCUUCAUUCGCGCGCAAGCUUAAGCUCGAGAACACAAAGCUUGUUAGGGGUUUCGCCGAUCUCGCUCGGAAUUACACGGAUCUCAUGUCCAGGCCGUCCUAUCGGUCUCUUUUUAGCUCUGAUGACGUUUCCAUCGACGAGUCUGUGCUUCGGCAAUUCGAGAAGGAAGUAAAGGAGCGGAUCAAGGUGACGCGGCAGGUGAUUGCCGAGUCCAAGGAGUCCUUCGAUAACCAGCUGAAAAUUCAGAAGCUUAAGGACACGAUUUUUGCUGUCAACGAACACCUCACUAAGGCGAAGAAGCAAGGUGCUUUCUCGAGUUUAAUUGCUGCCAAAUCCAUCCCAAAGAGCUUGCAUUGUGUCACGAUGCGGCUGAUGCAAGAGCGAAUUGAGAAUCCAGAGAAGUAUUCGGAGGAAGGAAAGACGCCUCCUCCGGAACUGGAGGAUGCUAAGCUUUACCACUAUGCAAUUUUUUCCGAUAAUGUGGUCGCUGCGUCUGUUGUGGUUAAUUCGGCGGUGAAGAAUUCGAAAGAGCCGUGGAAGCACGUUUUUCAUGUCGUAACUGACAAGAUGAAUCUUGGGGCAAUGCAAGUCAUGUUCAAGAUGAGACAUUACAAGGGAGCUCACAUAGAGGUGAAAGCAGUGGAAGAUUACAAGUUUUUGAACUCUUCUUACGUUCCAGUGCUCCGGCAGCUUGAAUCUGCAAACUUGCAGAGGUUUUAUUUUGAGAACAAGCUUGAGAACGCUACCAAAGAUACAACAAACAUGAAAUUCAGGAACCCAAAGUAUCUCUCGAUGCUCAAUCACCUGAGAUUUUAUUUACCAGAGAUGUAUCCGAAGUUGCACAGGAUAUUGUUUUUGGAUGACGAUAUCGUUGUUCAGAGGGAUCUUACGGGGUUGUGGAAGAUUGAUAUGGAUGGGAAGGUAAACGGGGCAGUUGAGACCUGUUUUGGAUCGUUCCAUCGUUAUGCCCAGUAUAUGAAUUUCUCGCACCCUUUGAUCAAAGAGAAGUUUAAUCCCAAGGCGUGUGGAUGGGCAUAUGGUAUGAAUUUCUUUGAUCUUGAUGCUUGGAGAAGGGAGAAGUGUACAGAACAGUAUCACUACUGGCAGAAUCUGAAUGAAAAUCGGACCUUGUGGAAAUUGGGGACCUUGCCCCCAGGCUUGAUAACGUUUUAUUCCACAACUAAGCCUCUGGACAAAUCUUGGCACGUACUUGGACUUGGCUAUAAUCCAAGCAUUAGUAUGGAUGAGAUCCGGAAUGCUGCAGUUGUACACUUCAAUGGUAACAUGAAACCAUGGCUUGAUAUUGCCAUGAAUCAGUUCCGGCCGCUUUGGACAAAGUAUGUUGACUAUGAAAAUGAAUUUAUCCAGCAAUGCAAUUUUGGUAUCUAAAGAAAUUCUUCAUGGUUAAAGCCUCCAAUCCUUCCACCUAGAUAAGCAUUACCCACAAGCUUGCAAUUGUUGCACCAAUAGUAGAUUGUCUUAUUCAUGAUGGUAGUUACUAGUAGUUCUCAUCCAAGUGUAGUAUGCUGUAAUAUUCCAUUUGGUUUGAUGCCUCAGAAAAAGCAAAAAGAAUGGUACUUUGCCCAUUUAUGGAACAUAUACAUAGUUGUCCCCACGAAUCUUCGUCUCCAGGUGAUCAGAUCUGUAUUUGUUUCUAAAGAAGCAAUGUAUAUGGAUUUGGUUAUUCCCUAGAACCUUGAAUUUUUAACUAUUUAAUGAAUGGCUUUGAAGAGUGAUCUGCUUUUUUCAUUAA